GAAUUAUAUUAACUUGAUUAACUUUAGAUAAGUGAGUUUUUAAGAUGUGACGCACGUCUGAAUUCAGUUCCAACCUAACACAAAUAAUAUUAAAUAUUAAUAAUUAAUUGGAAAAAUGCCAAUGAACUUUGAAAAUUUUGAUGUGCGGGACUGCACAAUCAUAACCAAAGCUGUGAAGUCAAGAAAUGCUGAGAAUGUGGAGAGAGUCCUAGCCUCACUGUUGAGUCAUGGGCAUGACAUCACUCACAGCCUCUGCACACCUGAUCAACAGGGCUACUCUGCUCUUCAUUAUGCUGUUUUGUACAAGGAUCUUGCAAUGGUGAAGAAACUUAUCAUGUAUGCAGAUAAAAGGUGCAUAAACUUGGAGAGCCAUGAUCGAUCCACUGCUCUGCUGCUUCUCUGUAAAAACAGCUCAGCCUCGGACCUGGAGGAAGAAAUAUUGGCGAGCCUUCUACAUGCUGGGGCAAAUCCCAACCUGCCUAAAAAUGAUCCAUUUUCCCUGCCCUUAUUGUGCGCCUUGGAGAGGCGCUGGUGGCGAGGAGCUGAGCUAUUGCUGGACGCAGGGGCGGACGCCAGAGCGACGGAUUUUGAGCACAAUGAGCUUCCAGCCACAUUCUUUGCCCGGGAUAAUUUUGAAAUACUGGGGAACCUUUUGAGUAGAGGAUGUGACUGCCCUGACCUCAAUGAUUGGAUAACUAAUAGAAGUCUAACAGAUGCCCAGUUGAAGACCAUAUUGCCGUACACAUUGUCUCACCCUGGGAUUAAUAAGCUGCAGCUUCUGCUGGAUGCUGUUGCUGUAUCGUACUACGAGAGCGCUAAGUACAUUCUGGAGCAUCAUGUGUUUGAAGAGAUGCAUCAAUUUGCGCACAUAUUCAACUUUAUCUUUGCAAUUAAGAAUGGAAUCAACUGGGCAGACAAAAACAAGUAUAUAACUGCCAUAACGAAGAACAUCUUCAUGAGUGAAUUGAACAAGAACGACCUGUUCAUGUUGCUUUUGCUGACAUGCGCCAGGUCCUGCCCGAUGUAUGAAGACGGAGAAGAGUGUUGCGGUUCAUGCGACGUCAAUGUCGAACAAAUCUGGAUCAAUAUAGAACAUAUUCUUAGUCUAGCCGAGCACAAUGGUCUGCCCAUCAAAAAGUGGAAGCUAAGCUUGAAACAGCUUCGAUGGGCCUUUUUGAUGCACUAUUUUAUAUUACCAUGUGAUAUCACGGAAAUAGAGCUUAACAUCCUCAACGUUGUCCUGUUCCGGACAACUUUAUGUUUGCUUCCCCUCGUCUUGAAGCUCCUGCCACUGAUGAAACAGAAAGGUUUCCGGCUGACAGUAUCAUCGGCGGUGGCAUUCUUAUCUAGUCCAUGCCUUCAAAAAAUUUCCCAAAGCCUUCAAAAAACUGACGUUGAUAUCCAAGCUAUUGUGCGCCCGCCGGAGUCACCGUAUCGAAUCCUGUUAGAGCUGACCAGGAACUGCUGUGAAGAGGGACAGUGCUGGUUCAGGUCGCCCAUGAUGACGGAAUUGUGUAGGAGUGCCAUUGAAACAGGACGUAAUUUCCUUGUGCUUAUGCUGCUCCAUCUCGGCGUGCACGAAUUAUUCCUGAAGCCGGACGAGACAGAAAUUACAUGGGAGCGUGGUGAAAGUAGGCGGCUCAUAUUCUCCAUUGUUCACCGUUAUGCUCCGAGGUGGAAGCUUCGGUCUCCUACGCCUUCUGGGUCUCGUUGCGAUGACGCAAUGAGACCGCUGAAAUAUCGCCAUCGUCCAGAAAACGUAAUUGCACGUUUACAUCAAAUGGCGCCGCUGCGGUCGCUGAAGGAGCUGUGUCGCCUCUCCAUCCGCGCCUGCCUCGGCCACUGCAGGAUUGAAGAGAAGACGGAAGGCUUGCGAGACGUGUUGCCAGCUCCUCUUAGAGAAUACCUUUACUUCCGCCACGACUUCCCCAUCUUCCCGAGGAUUACUCAACUUCCCAUGGAAUUUGAGGAAGACGAGGAAUUUGAGGAAGACGAGGAAUUUGAGGACGACGAGGAAUAUGAGGAAGACGAUGAAUAUGAGGAAGACGAGGAAUUUGAGGAAUAUGAGUAACCGUUGAUACGGUGACUCGUCUUGCCUGGGACCGUUGAUACAGUGAAUCGUUUUGCCUGGCAUGGUUCAUACGAUGUUUUUUUUUCUCCUGGGACUGUUGAUACGGUGGUUCUUCUACCCUGCCAUCGUUGAUACGGUGCAUUUCAAGUGGUGAUGAUUCACGGAUGUAGCAUUGAACCCAAAUUUCUUCACUAAACGUAUCAAAAUUUUAAUUUGACUCAUUAUUGAAGAUUCAGGUGAAUGAAACAAAACGGAGUCCUAUCUAUCGUCAGCGAAACCCCAAAGAGACAAUAAAGAUAACAUUCCCAUAUCACAAGAGUAUUUGCUUUGGUAUCUUUAAUAGGAAUUUUUCGAUUUUAGUUACUUCGACGACACAAAUUUUUCAUUAAAACUACGGAAGAUGUUUUGUAGGGCUACGUCGACGGCUACGCUGAUGCGAGAUUAUUUUGGUGACAAUAGUGGGACAGAGGAGGACGUCCAGGGAUUGUGCUCAAAGACAUGUUAAGGAUUCCUUGUCAGACGGAUGUGUGACUUAGACUUGUUCUUGUGGUGAAUAAAGAAUAUUGACA